GCCAGGAGCGUUUUUGAACCGCGAGCUGAGGCCUCUGAUUGGUCGGUUCACCCCUGGCUGGGCGCCGCCGGUCUCCGCGAUUGGCUGGUGGCCGCAGAGCGCGCGGCCUGUCAGCGCCCGCGGGAGGCCGGCUCGGCAGAGCGAGCGGAGCGCGCGAGCCCCGGAAUGGCCUACAAGGAGAAUGUGACCCCUGGUACCAGCAUCAGCCUGGCCAAGUAUGGGGUGCUGAACGGGCCAGGCCCCCAGCGAGUCCCCCGAAAGGAUCCCUACAUGCCCAGUGGCACCCCCUCCGAGUCGCUGCUGGCGCAGAGAGCCAUGGCCAGCGCCAAUAAGAUUAUCCUGAAGUCCUCCAGCAUCCAGAAGCCAGCUGUCCCGGGCAGGGUGCCCGCUGAACCCAGCUCCGGUCCCCAGGCGGCUCAGCCCACCCCACAGCGAGUCUUUACCAUCAAUGACUUUGAGAUCGGGCGCCCGCUGGGCAAGGGGAAGUUCGGGAACGUGUACCUGGCCCGGGAGCGGGCGUCCCGGUUCAUCGUGGCGCUCAAGGUGCUCUUCAAGUCGCAGAUGGAGAAGGAGGGCGUGGAGCACCAGCUGCGGCGGGAGAUCGAGAUCCAGUCCCAUCUCCAACACCCCAACAUCCUGCGCCUCUAUAAUUACUUCCACGACAAGAAGCGGGUGUACCUGAUCCUGGAGUACGCGCCCCGCGGCGAGCUCUACAAGGAGCUGCAGAAAUGCCGGCAGUUCAACGAGCAGAAGACCGCCACGCUCAUGGAGGAGCUCGCUGACGCGCUCAUUUACUGCCACGCCAAGAAGGUGAUCCACCGCGACAUCAAGCCGGAGAACCUCCUCAUGGGCCUAAAGGGCGAGCUCAAGAUCGCCGACUUCGGCUGGUCCGUGCACGCGCCCUCGCUCAGGAGGAGGACCAUGUGCGGCACGCUGGAUUACUUGCCCCCCGAGAUGAUCGAGGGCAAGACGCAUGACGAGAAGGUGGAUCUGUGGUGCAUCGGGGUCUUGUGCUAUGAGCUCCUGGUGGGGCAGCCGCCCUUCGAGAGCUCCACCCACACGGAGACAUAUCGCCGCAUCACCAAGGUGGAUCUGCAGUUCCCGCCGUUCAUGUCGGAAGGCUCCCGGGACCUGAUCUCCAAGCUGCUGCGCCAUAACCCCGCCGAGCGGCUGCCGCUGCAGGCCGUCCUGGAGCACCCCUGGGUGAAGGCCCACUCCCGCCGGGUGCUGCCGCCCGUCUUCAACCCCACCCCUGCCAACUAGCCCUGCCCCGCGGCCUCUUUCAUCCCUCGGCCGGGGUGGGGAAUGGGGCCAGUCCUCGCCUCCUCGGUGCUGCCCCCCCUCGGCCGGUCCCGGGCAGGGGGCACGGGGCCGACACGCCCUCUCGGGCCUGUAGAUAAAGGUGCUGCUGCCAGUCCCUGGCUGGUUUCCCAGCUGGGGGGAUCUGGCUCCAGGACCCCCUCCCCAGUUGGCCCUUUCGCUGGCUGCCUUCCCAGCUGUUGGGCUAGCCCCCCUCAUGCCCAGAGGGGCAGCGGGUCCCUGCCCGCCUCUCCUUUCCUGCCAGGGGGCCGGGGGAUGCCCCGGCACGGCCUGUUUUAAAUGUCCCCGCGGGAAGCUGCGUGCCCCCCGCCCUCCUUUUAAUAAAAUUUGGAGUUACUUUGCC